GAGGACGGACACGAUUGCCCAACCCAAUUUAGUUAAUUCGCCGGAACCCAAGGGCCUCCAUUCAUAUCCACCUAAGGUUGUCCGAGGCCUCUUGGUCUUGGAGGAGAGAAAGGUGGGAAAGAGAAAAUCAAAAGCAAACCCUAAAGUCAUCGACGCGUCUCGAUCGCUUGAUCCGUUCGCCAAAUCCAUUCCUGGCCGUCCAUUUCUCGUUCCCGCUAAUUCUCCGUCGGAUCUCGGUUUCCGGUGUUACCUUAACAUUCAUGGAAGGUGAAGGUACCGUAACAUGAAGUUCUGAUAUGGGAUUGGAUGCAAAGAUGGAUUUGAGGAGGAUGAAGAAAUUGGAUAUCUUGAUGUUAUAGCUGCAGCUCAAUAAUGUCAAGGUCACAAAUGUGUUUUAUGGACAAUUUGGCCAAAUUGCUUGUAUGUAUUGCAGUAACGGUUGGGUCAUGGGUGCCAUAACAGAAUGUAAUCUUCUCAACUCUGUCUGUCUGUUUCACAUGGAUGAUGCUAGGACACAACACAUGGAUGAUGCUAGGACACAAUCCUGAUUUUUUAUGGGGGACGUGAUUAAUAUGUUGAACGAUAUGCUGGACAAGAUAUAGGAAAAAUUGGUUUCCACGUCCGUUCCCAUUUGUUGGAAUUUGUACAUAUGAGGUGGCUGUUUUUUUGUUUGUGAGGUGGUUACUUUUUGCUGGCACUGCGCACCGCUAUGCUAGAGUGCCUGUGGUGGACAGAAAUUUUUUUCCUAGGAACGUUAAGUGCCGGACACAAACGCAUUGUGCUUGUUAGGUUUUCAGCAUGGGAGAUCCUGUUCACCAAAGGCCGUUAAAAGAACUCAAGAGUGCAUGGAAGUAAUUUCCUAUUUGACAUUCAUGUCGCCUCAAGGCAGGUCCAAAUCGAAGAAGUCCACAAAGGCCACCAAGGAACAGAAAACCCCUUCCAAAAUGGUGAAUAGCAAUGCGACUGCUGGUAUUCCAGCAAAUGCAUACAACCCUGGGUUUGUCACACUUCACUCACUUGAAACGGUAGCUGUCUCACCUGCCCCAUCACCUCAUGGGCGAUCCAUAUCUACUGAUGAAACCGAUGAACAUUCUGGUAGCUCACUUGGAACGGCAGCAGAGUAUGACUCCGUCUCUAACAACGAUAGCUGCUCGGGUGGGUCAGAAGACCUGAAGGACAAGGUCUCUGUUGGUCUUAGGCUAGAACCUCCUCUUGGCUGUCCAUCCUCUGGAAAUGAGAAGCGGGACAAGAUUCGUCAGAAGAAUGAGAGGAAGCAUCAGAGACAGAGGGAGCGGCGUGCACAAGAGGUCCAUGACCGCUGCAAUGGUUACGUGAUGUCAUGGAAGCUGGAAGCUCUUUGUCAGCAACUUGUGGCUAUGGGAUUCUCAUCAGAUCAAGCAACCAUGGCGCUUACCAUGAACGACGGCCGCAUUGAAGAGUCUGUUGCAUGGCUGUUUGAAGCUGGUGAGGAAGUUCUUGGGGCAGAGGCAAAAAUGCCCACAAGAGGUAACCUUAAGUUAGAUAUAACUGAAGAGCUCUCUCGAAUAGCAGACAUGGAAAUUACGUUCAAGUGUACGAGGCAGGAGGUUGAACGAGCUGUUGUUGCCUGUGAAGGUGACCUUGAGAAAGCAGCAGAAAUUCUAAAGGCUCACAAACAGGAAGCAAAAUCUUCAAAACCUGAAGAGCCUAUAGGUUCACCUUCUAGUGGCAGCACCAAGCAAGCAACCUCCGUGCCAUUGACUAUUUUGAAGUCACCGGCGGUUGCCAAAUCUGCAGCUUCUCCUCUGGUUAUGCGAAGACAAGAUGAAAGAGAUUUCAACUACACAAAAACGGUUGCAGAUCCUAGCAACAAACAAGUUGCAGCUGCGAAAAGAAGCCAAAGCAAGACAGACUGGGCUAGGACUCUGCGACCGUCCUCCACAGAUAAGUUGUGGCCGAGUGCAAAUACGAGUCCCUCUUAUUCUCUGGCCACAACCAUGCCUGUGUUGCCACUGGCAUCAAAGGCAUUGCAGCCUGAUUCUAGGGUUCUGGUUGGGUCUAAUGAGAGGAAGACUAAUUCUCAGACAGUAACGGUUAGGGAGCCUGUGAUUGUUAUGCAGCGGCCCCAGUCAGUUUACUCGACGCAACACUCAGCAGCCAGUCCGCGCGAUACUUCAGCAACGGUCGGUUGGAAAACGAAAGGUGGUAGCACCGGCGACCAAACUGGCACUGAAGACACAGUGGCGGUCGGUACCUCGACAUCAAUUGCUGGUGCCCAACGCCGUCAGUUAAGUCAGUAUCAGCCGUUCAUGCCCAGUCCGGUUGAUGCAAUUGCUGCAAGUUGGAAUGCAGCAACUAGCAUCUCCAGAGGUUGUGGUGGAUCAGCAGACCAACUGCUACCUGCUAGUGGUGUCUGGAGCGCUCCAGUAUCACUCGAUUCUUUGCCGUUCGCGCUGGGUUCGUACACGGCGCGGAGUUCAUCAGGGCCGUAUAGUAACCCGUUCUCGGCAUCACCAGCAGAUUGGAAUAGGGGCCGGUUGAUGGUGGACUGUGAUUACACCAACAUCGACUGGAGCGUAACACCUUCGUCCUGCAUAUCUCGGCCGGGUCAAGCAAGGCAAGGUUUUAGCUCGCUGAGUCCAAACAGUCGGCCGUAUGAGCCAUGGUUGGGAACGAGCGACUCAAAGGGCAAGGGUGGCCUGUUUGGCUCCCGGCUGCAGGACGAUGGUGUCGCAAGGGAAGGAUCCUCUGCGUUGCAUGAUUGGACGUCUCCCUUUGCUGGGAAGGAUUUGUUCAACCUGCCAAGGCAGAUCGUGACUUCUCCGUCUCUUUAAUAAAAAUUUAAAAAAGGAUAAAGUGGAAUAGAGAUUUCCGUAAAAGAAAUAGACAGAUUGUGAUUUGCCGUUGAUGAGUGCUAUUGCAUGUUGCUGUGAAA